AUGGAUGACGUCGAUGGCCUCUUGCUAAAGAUCGGAUGUUCGAAAUCAGCUCUGAUUUUGAGUCUUAUUCGUCACCUUGACGGUGUGGAUCUCACAGGGCGAUUGUCAUUGUCAAACCAGUUCGUCACCGAACUCCUUGACUACAGUCCUCAUAUCUUAGCCGCAAAUACUUCAAGUGCAGCGACGCGGUCGAAAUUACUGCGAUUACUCUUUACAUUGGCACUCUACAAUGUGAGCAUACGACGAUACCUUUGCGGUGAUCUUCACCUUUGUGGACCCGUAUUUGAAUGUCUGAAAUUAUCCUUGAAGGAGCAACUAGGGCCUCAAAAUUUGAUUGAUAUAUUACGGUUACUACAGGUACUAACUUAUGAAAGAUGCUUGGUUCUUGGUCUAUGGACAAACGACCUGAUAUCUUUUUUAAUGGGUGAAAUUACUAGAGAAGUCGAAGUGGAGUGGAUGCCUUACUGUAUGGCAAUAUUAUGCAAUCUCGCCAGGAGAUCAAAAUCUGUAUGCGGAAGAAUAAAGAAAUCGGUAAGAUUUCCUCUGCAUUGA